UUACAUUAAUUCAAACGAAACGCCCACUUUACGUACAUAUUCUCGAUAUAUCUGAAAUAGGAAAAUAACAUUUCCAAUCAUCACUGACACCUUUCUCACAAACUCACCGUAAAAUUAGAUCAUAGCCAGACACGUGUACUUUCACACGUUUCAAUGUAAUUGCCAUGAUUCCUUAGAGCAUCGGUUGUCCGAUCUUGCUAGUGCUUUUACGCGUUGUGGAGAUUCAGUUUUCGUCCUAUUCUCUGCCACAGAAUUCGUCCACGGCGAUGUUUGUGUGAAUUCACCUGCGUGCCGCGAAUGUGGCACGCGCGUUAACACUGUUCGUCUCGGUUCGCCGCGACCCUAGCUAUGGGAUAAUCGCUAAGUAGGUAAGCGAGCAUCGAGGAUGCGUCGUUGUCGCAUUAGAGAUGCGUUAACCUCGAUCGGGUGUACACUAGUAUUGCCGCGAGAUCGGUACGGUGACUCAUACCGUUCGAUCGAACUGUUUUUCAUAAUCCUCUCAAAAUUUCAAGUUCAACCCAUUCACGUGCAGUUUGGUCGAUUGAUCUGAAGCAUCGUGACCGUUUCUUAACGAUUUAAGCGUUUCGCUGCUCUUUCUAAACUUUUACGCUUUACAAAUAACGAACUUCUAAAUCUGCAGACUUGGAAAAAACAUGUUGAAUAUGGAAAAUUAGAGAAUAUGCCCAUAAUUUGUCAUCCGUAACCAGAUUUUGACAAGAGAAUCCAUAUUGUCCCUUAUUUCUUUAGGUGGAAAUUUAAGUCAGAUUUUUAUGAAUAUUUGGAAUCAACCUCUAUGGAAACUUCCAAGUACAAAAUAGGGAAUUAAUGGAAUGAAAAUUGUAUUCAAGUAUGAUAGCGGUUUAGAGUAAGAGAGUGAAGAUCGUGAGUUUACUAGGUUCCAAUAAAUCUCCACUGUCUACAGGCGUUUGUUUUCCUCGCUGCGGACACGCCCAGCUGGCCGCGGAAAAAGAGGAAGACUGAGUGAAGGUGAGGAAUUGCAGUCUAGUGCAACAGACGAAAAAGGUACAAACCGAGGUCUCGUUCUUGACGAGACGACCGUAAUUUGCUCUCGUUGUUACGUGAUUCGUUGCACUGUCUACAUCUCAGGAUUACACACCGAAAAACAAUCUUCCAGACCCUGUUCCAUAAUUACAACCUGUCUAACGAAACUCUAAUUCAUCAUUCACGGUGAAACGAUUCAAAUAAUUUCCAUCGCUCUAUUACUACAUACGUUAUCCUAAUAUAUUGCGUAUUGUGCAUAUUACUGAAAAUCGCGUCAAACAGGAUUAUCAAUUUAUUAAUAGACAAUGACCAUUUAUGCAAAUUCAUAUGCUUCACAGAUUCACAGAUUAAAUACGCGUAUUUAUCAAGGAAAACCUGAUCAAUAAUUUCAAUCAAACGAUUCAAAGAAAUUCUCGUGUAACAGCCGCAUAAAUCUUUCGAUUCACUAUAGACCGAAUCUGGACCGGGAUCUCGCAAGAUACGGAGAGGAAGAAACGAUAGGUGGAAGGAACACACGCGAGAGUUAAGGCCGCGGUUCGUCCACGACCUAAAACUACUUCCAACCAUCGUGAUGAGAGGUCAACAAGGUCACGGUGCCAGGCGCUUCUAUAAGAUACAUCCUUCUGUACCUUAUCCCCCUCCCUUAUUCCUUUAGACAUCAGCGAAACUUAAUGUCAGGUCGUUCCACCUUUUUCUAUCUUGAUCUCGAUGCUUGAGUGGGUCUGUGUGUCAGAGCGAAUCGUAUGCUCGCGGUGUGAGAGAAUCUUCGCGGGGAGCGAGUGGUACUCGAGGAAGGAGAUACAUAGAUAGAGUAAAGCGAGUGCGACUAGACGAAGCGACAAAGAGAACAACAGAGAAGGUUGGUUGUUUAGAGGCCGUUCCAGGGGAACCCUCAAGAUGCGCGGGGCAUUGUCAUGUGUACCAGUGGUACAGUCUUCGGGCUGUUGGCACAGCUCCUUACGUGGGAGACAACUCAGCACGGUUCGCGAGGGACUGCGGAUCGCUGGAUGGUAUAUAUUUGUCCGGGCGCAUGCUGCUUACCGCCAGUACCCUGUCUAGAUCCUGAAGACCGCGGAAGUGCGCUCAGUGAUCUCGUGAAUAUUCACGUUCUUGUGACACAACGCUCCUCCGUGUCCCUCGCCGAGGAUUAAAGACUCGCGGAAGAUUAUUACCAGGAGAAUGAUGAAGAUGAUAGAUUUGUCCAAGUGUGUGUUCGUCUUGUUGGCGUGCUGUGUGGUCUGCUACGCGUCUUCGAUAACUAAAGAGGAGGACAGUCUCAUGGACAGGAGCUUCAGAGCAAUGUACAGAGUAUACGAGGACUGCCAGCAUCGAAACAUAGCAGUCUCGCCUUGCCUAAAGAAGAAAGCGAUCGCGUUCUUCGAAAGAUUAGGCAGAAUGCAUACUCUUCCUCUGUCGGAGAACUUUGAAUUAAUCAGGAUCACGGACGAAACGCCGAAGAGUUCUGUGUCCGAAUUAGAAGCCACCCUUGGCAGAACUAUGUCCAGCAAAGAUGAGAUUCUGAACGAAAUUCUGUUCGAUCGAGUGGCUUCGCUGCUGAACAGCUUCAACGUUCAAAUUCGAUUGCCUAGAACCAGUCCUGGUGAAUUGAAACAAGGCAUGGAAGAGGGACGUGGUAAAAUGAAGAAGAUGAUGGGCAUGAUGAUGAUGGGGAUGGCCAUGAAACUCGCGGCGUUGAUUCCCAUUGCUCUUGGAGUACUCUUCUUAUUAGCUGGAAAGGCUUUGAUCAUCAGCAAGAUCGCUCUUGUCUUGUCUCUCAUCAUUGGACUGAAGAAACUCUUCAGCCAGAAGCAGAGCCACGAUCACGGUGGUUGGCAGCAGGGUGGCGGAGGUUGGGACAGGAGUCUCAAGAAUGUUUUCGGCUCCACAGAGUCGUCGACGACGACGGAACUAACCCGCAAUUACGCGCAGAAUCUGGCGUAUUCGGCGCGACAUCAGCACUGAUCGCAGCAAACGAGGGGAAGAGCAGGCCUUCCGGUUUCGUCCAGCGUGCAUGGCACCUCAAUGGUAGCCGUUCUACGUUCUAGACUGACCGACGUACUUACUGUGCAUAGAUGAGAAGAUAAGUGAGCGAAAGAAUGCGGAUCUGAUUGAUAAUUUCUAAUUGAUAGAUUCAAUGGAAUCGUUAAAAUAGGCACGUAUAAUAAAGUUCUAUAUUUAUACAUAAGAUAUACAUCUUCUCGUCUCUGCACAGAAAUUUCGACUAACAAUUCUACAGCGACGAUGCGAUUUUCUUUGUUACAUAGAGAGAAGUUCGUUGAGCGUUAGACGUUUAUAGAUUCUUCGUGGAAGAGAAUAUUAUAGGCGUGAGAACUUCCACGAGAAACACCAAGUCUCUCUUCAAGAAAUCGUUGGCGUUUCGAUGUAUAUUGUUCAAUUAUUUAUGAAGAAACAUACGAAUCAUCUAACUCCCAAAGUUGAUUAAUUAUUUUCUUCUAAAUUUUAUCCUGUAGAAAUUAAUUUGAAAAGUAUCUAGGCGACGCACAUAGCAGUGAUCGUAGCCGAAAUUUGACCAGAAUGCGGGAAACAAGCGUGAUAAUCGUUAGCUAAAUGUAUAUCAUGAACGUCAGCGACAUUUUCAAAUGCCGUCACGCAACGGUCGAUACACCCAGCUGUCACUCAUUUUCGUUUCCCGUCAACCGGGAAAGCAUUCGGCACGAUAAUAGCUACGGAAUGGCUUCCACGCACGCGAGCUUCUAACGGAAUCGAGUCGAGACAUUUUUGCGUUCGAAACGACCUGUAAACAACGAAAAUAACUUCUAAAUCCGAUUCGUAAUCGUUUCUUCGCAAAUAUUCUGAGCUUCACCUCUCGAAUAAUUUAAUUACCUAAGAUACGAAUUGUAUAAUAUUUAUUGAACGCCAUGAUAUUUAUUACUACGAUAUAACUAUUGUUAACCCAUUGAUUUUUGUAACAUCGACUUUGCCGAUGGAUCAAGACUGAGAUCGAAUAAACAGGCACGUAAUCGACGUGAAUAAGGAAGAUACAACGAUUUAAUCAUUUUUAUCGCUUAUUCUUUCGCUAUACAAACGAGAUACAUAAUACGUUACAUUCUUACGUCUACGUCCGAUAGGAUCAUGUAGUUCGCGGCAAGACGAUACGUGUUUGCGAUUUGCGCGAUCGAGAAUUCAAAACUAAAUGCAUCGACCGAUCGUGACGAUCGUUCUGUUACCGAAAGGAACAGUAUCGAUCUCGUUCUUUGACAGCGGUGUUGUUCUCACUUUACUUUCAAACCGAG